AUGGCCACCUUAUCAUCUAGCUUACUCGACAGAAGGCUCCCGACAUUGACCCUUGGACCAAACCGUGCUGACUCAUCAGCCACGGUUCACCGGGACUACGACCAUGACACGGAGGACUGCCACGACCUUCAGAAUCAAAUAGAGAGACUGAUCCAGAGAGGUCACCUUGGAUGCUAUCUCAAGGAACCCCGGGAAGUGACUCCACACCCCAGGGGACUCGUUGAAAGACAAAUCGUUGUCAUCUCUGGGGGACCAGCAGCCGGCGGCAAUAGCUCUGUGGCGAGGAAGGCCUACGCCCGCAGCAUGGUUGAGAAACGUCUCCGGCCCGAGCUCAAGCCUAAAAUCACCUUUAGGGCUAGAGAAGUUGAGCGCUCCCAUCAUGACGAUGCUCUGGUGAUCUCCAUCCAGAUCGCUAACGCUCGAGUCAAAAGGGUGAUGGUUGACACCGGGAGUUCUGCCGACGUCCUUUACUUCGACGCCUUCAAGAGGCUUGGUUUGACCGAGGGAGACCUCACCCUCAUGGCGUCAACACUCACCAAAUUCACGGGGGAUUCCAUCUCCCCGCUCGGGACCAUGUCCUCCCUGUCACCAUUAGGGAGGAGCCGAGAGUGA